AUGGGCGGGCCUUCAAAUGUUGUGUCAGAAGUCGACUCUGCACCGGUCGCUCCUGCACCACCACCACCACCCAUGGGUUAUGAAAACCCAAUCCCUGCUUACCUAGAUACAACUGGGUACAACCCGUUUGAGCCUCAAACUUACACGAGUUAUGACUAUCACGCACCUGCUGUCGACCCAUACAUUGAGGCAGUAAACUUUAAUGCUCUCUACCCCUCACCUUUUCCACCCGCGUACCCAACUGGGUACCCUGCUUAUGGGUAUCAAUACCCGCCACCUCCACAACCUCAGCAGCAGCAACCUCAACCUCCACUUCAACAACCGCAACCACAAGAAAUUCUGCAAAGGUUGGAAGAGGUGGAACGAAGUGUGGAAGAAAAGGAUAGAAAGCACAGCAAGUUUCUUAAGGGUUUGGCAAACUUCAUCAAAGGGAAGAAGAAGAAAUAUCAUUAA